CUUAUGUAACAUCUUCCAACGACAACACGACUCGAACUAGGGUUUUCGCUUUAUCACUGAUGCUCUGCAACUUGUUUAUAAAACCGCAUAACUUUCAAGCUCUGCUCUAAUUUCCCUCCAAAUCUUCCAUUCCCGUUUUCCACAUUCAAUAAAACAAGCAACUUUUUUCGUCUUUUAACUAUCUAAUUUCUCCUCUUUUCCCAACGAAAAGAAGUAAACAAAAAGUUUGUUCCCCUUUUCCACAAUAGUGCCCUUUGUUCUCUUAACAGACCAUACCAAUGGCUUCUCGUUUCCAGGCGGUAACACUGGUGGACUCACCAUCGUAUCCUAACUCCAUCGCCUGGUCCGACGAGAACCUAAUUGCCGUGGCAUCCGGUCACUUGGUCACCAUUCUGAAUCCGGCAUUGCCCUUUGGACCUCGAGGUCUGAUCAGUAUAAACAGGAGUGAACCUUAUCCCAUUGGAGCGGUAAAAAGAGAAGAUCUAGCAUCUGGCUGUUUGUUACCCACCACUUUAAAUCGGGAUCCUCGUCCUUCUGUUCGAUCAGUUUCAUGGUCUAAUCUUGGAAUGGCUCCCAACUCUGGGUGCUUUCUGGCUGUUUGCACCACAGAAGGGCGUGUAAAGCUCUAUCGUCCUCCCUUUCGUGAUUUUUGUGCCGAAUGGAUAGAGGUUUUGGAUUUAACUGAUAGGCUUUAUGAUUAUCUUGCAAGUAUUAGUUUCGAGGAUCCAGAUAUUCCUCCCUCAGAAAUUUCUAAUUUCGCCCAGCCACUUGUCAAGACCUUCAAGGAGCCAGUGACAAAUCAUGGUUAUGUUGAUGAUCCUACAGAUUCUGUUUCUGUGGAGGAACAGAAGCGCAGAAAGGUGAAUAACUUUGGUGUUAGGAACGCUGGCUUGGAAACUUCUUGUGACCAAACAUCACGUGGGCCCAGCCCUUCCCCUGAAUUGGAGGGACAGGGUCCUCCCAAGGGGAGGUGCACGAAAUCUGGCGGACGAAAAAGUUCACAUCAGAUAGUUCCUGCUACCAGAGGUAGAGGAAGAUCUGCCAAAAAACCACCUGAAGUUUGUAGCCUACCUUUGAUAACAGCAGAUCAAUAUGCUUCACGCAGUGCAAUGCUAUCAUCACUUGUUGUUGCCUGGUCUCCCCUGCUGAAAUUAUCAUCUAGAAUUUGUGGGGCUCCUGAAAUUAAUUCAUCCAUCUGCUUCUCUCUGCUAGCGGUUGGUUCAAAAUCUGGUAAAAUUUCAUUCUGGAGAAUCAAUGUACCUGAGUACUACUCUAUUGAGCAAAGUUUGGCCCCUACUAGAGUGGAGCUCAUUGGGAUCCUUAAGGCACACAGUUCCUGGGUCACAGCAAUAAGUUGUGCCUUGCUUGCUUCUGAUUCUUCUAGUCCUCAAGUUUUAUUAGCUACUGGAAGUUCUGACGGGAGUGUAAGGAUAUGGAUAGGGCAUGGGGAGGAAUUUUUAAAGUCAACAGAAGUCAAUAAUGCUCCAUUUUAUCCAUUGAAGGAGAUUAUAAAUAUUUAUGCUGUCCCAGUCUCGGUGCUUGCACUUAUGCCCACUCAGUCACUUCAUAAAAUGCUUUUAGCGGUGGGCAGAACAUCUGGAGCUAUUGAAGUAUGGAUAGGAGAUACAUCUGUGAAAACAUUUAAUAAAGCUGGACCAUAUGAUGCUCAUGACCAAGUUGUUACUGGUUUAGCUUGGGCUUUUGAUGGAUGUUUUUUGUACAGCUGCAGCCAGGAUAAUUUUGUUCGUAGCUGGAGUUUACGUGGCAGUUCCCUGAGUGAAAUGCCCAUUCCUUCAAGUUCUCCUGGGCUGAGGAGCGUCAGUGAUAUGCCAGAUGUGUUUAUUUCAUGCCUUGGUCUGGUGGUAUCACCAAGUAAUCUUGCAGUAGCCAUGGUUCGCAGUUUUGAUGUUAAUCAGUUGGACCACAUGUAUGAGGCGAGGCUUCAGAAGGCUGCCGUUGAAUUUUUCUGGAUUGGUGGGCACCAAAAGGAUAUUCUGUCAAACACUUCCCUGGAAUUUGACAUUGAAGCCCUCCCUGGUUUUACAGAAAAAGAACUUGUUUAUUGGGAAUCCAAUAUUUUGUGGUCCUUAAAGCAAUAUGAACAUUGGGAUAAGCCUUUGGUUAUUUGGGAUAUUGUAGCAGCAUUAUUGGCCUUCAAGUGGUCUGCACCUGAUUAUGUUGACCAUGUUCUGGUUAAGUGGCUUUCAUCCUCAUUUGUGGAUGUUCAUGUGGAACGUUCUAUUGGAAAGGUUCUGCCACAUGUCUGUAAAAGUUUUUGUAAAGCUGCUUCACGCCAGUUGCACCUCCUAAACAUCAUUUGCAGACAAGUAAUACUACCGGAGUUGAAUGCAGAUGAAAUAAAUAGCAACUUGUUGAACUUUACAGUAGAUAAUCCCAAUUUUGCUCAAGAUAAGCAACAUAAGUUAUGGAUGGACUUACUUUCAAGAAGUGAAAAAGAACUGCGAGAGAGACUUGUGGGUAUUAGUUUUUCUGCUUAUAGAAGUUUCGCAUCCAACUCAGCCACCACUUCUUCUGAGCCUGGAUAUUGGUAUCCUUUUGGUAUGGCACAAAUGGAGCAGUGGGUUGCAAAUAAUAAUCAUCAAGUACACGACCAACUAAAAGUUGUGGCAACAGAGAUUAAAACCUGCAAAAGGUCUCGCUGCAUCGAACUUGCAGAAGAAGAUAAAGAGCAAUGUAGCUAUUGCUCAGCACCGGUUCCUUUUGAAUCCCCAGAAUUUGGGGUGUGCAGGGGAAUGGAGAGCAAUGGUAGCAGUGGGCAGAAGCAUAAGUUAGCAAGGUGUGCUGUUACAAUGCAGGUUUGCCCAAUCACACCUUUAUGGCUGUGCAAGUGUUGUCAAAGAUGGAUUUCCAAACUUGCACCGGAGUCACUAUUUAAGAUGCCCCAGCAAUAUUGUCUAGAUUAUAAAUUUUCACCUGAGCCGUCUUCUAUAAAAGUAGCCUCCAAACCACAAUGUCCCUUUUGCGGGAUAUUGCUACAGAGAUCACAACCCGAAUUUCUUCUUUCUCCACUACCUGUGUAAUCUUGAGUCUUCACCUGUAUAUUCGCUUAGAUCUCAUUUCACUUGAAUUUAUGCAAAACAUAACUCUCAGAGCCUCAGUAAUAAUCUAAAUAAUUGAUAUCUGCUGUUGCUUGCUUGUUUUAACCUGUAUAUUGGGUUUGGACUGACUAAGGAGUAACCCAAAUCCAGUUUGACAUUCAACAUUCACUACCUGGAAAUGUUCGCUUUUGAGAUGGGAGUGCUUGAAUUGACUUAAAUUUUAGUUGUAUCUAAUUCUCUCAAAAUUAUCAAUACAUCAUUGCUGAUGCUACUUUAUAUUA